GUCGUUUUGAAAGGCUGCGUCUUCUGGAAGUCGCAUUCGAAGGCUGCAUACGUCAUCAAGACUGUCUCGUUUCAUUAAACCAGGCAGCUCGAGCGAGCAGAUGAAGAGUCACGAGCUCAGGCCGAAUGCAUGCAUGCGUGUUUGUGUUUGAAAUGACGGAGGCAGAUAACGCUGUGGCUGGAGCUGGACGCUUCGUCAGUGAAAAACUGAGAAAAAUGGAGAUGUCAAAAAGGAUUGUACGAAAUUUGGAACCAGCGAGGCCACUACGUCGUCUUAACAUAAAUCAAGUACCCCAAAGCAAUGUUGUGAUCAAGCCAUUUGAAAAGCCAGACUACAUUAUUAAAGUGGAGCAGCUGUACGAAAUCCUUCAGCUUCAAAGCACCAGUAUCCAGCCAAAAAAGAAAGAAAGGAUAUGCUACACUAGGGACUUCCUUAUCAAGCUGGCAAACUGUCCAAUGGCCAAGAAGAAACCUGAGUUUUUGCCAGAUCAUCCAAUAGUUUUGGAGAACGGAAGAACUCGUGUUGUGCUAAAUCAGUAACCACUACAAGAAAGAGGACGUGGUUGCCUAAUGUGGCGAAUUCCUUAAAUUCUUUUUUAUUUAAAUAUGAGGGUCUGAAACUGCACUAAAUGGGAAGCAAGGUGGAAAUGGUUACAAGCUGCUUUUUAAGUUCUGAAAACUGCAGAGCCCUUCACAAGUGCCUAAUUCAUGCAUAUAAGAGGUUGAAGAGCAUCUUCACUUUUUUGGUCUUAAAAUGAAGGCAUCAAAAAUGGAAGAAAAAGUAAUAAAAAAACAUGUUCUUUAAAAAGGAAAUAUUAAACUGCUCUCUUUGCGGCUGAAUACUUGAGUUUUAUUCUGCAUAGCUAUUGCAAUGCUCAUGUGUUGAUGAACGAUCUUCAAAAAUUGUGCACGGAUGUGCACGGAUACUUGCAAAAGCAUUCCAUGCAAAAAUGUAUAAUUAUACAUUAUACGCUCAUUUUUUAUCCUUUCUUUUGAAAACUUUUUUCCAUCAUCAAACAACUGUGAUUUCUAACUCUGGCUUUUCCAAAAUGCUGACGGUUUUGCUUUGCACUUGUUUUGUGAUCUUUGAGGUUUGCUGAUAUUUGGAUUCGUAAUGGAGCUUGAAGUUGUGCACCUUGAGUGAUAUAUAUUUUUUCAGAUGUCGGAGUUAGACUUCAGAAAUGUUUGACUUUUGAACACUGGACAUUAAGUGCAUGAGGCUGGAUUCAAAGAGUGAGCAGGCAACACAUGUGUGGCACAAUCUUUUUGACAACUACUGAGUCUUUAAAAUAAUUGUACACUGACCGACACAUCCUUGUGACGAUGGAUAGUAAUUCACUUUAUUUCAGUAUUUUUGUUUAUUUAAAUGUUUUAAUAAUAUAUUGCAGUGAAUUGGAUUGAAUCACACAAAGUGUGUGUUACAUCUUUGUUUGAAAAUAUUUGCUUUUUAUCAUACUGACACUGUAAUCUGUAAACUCCUUGUUUUAAAUUAAAAUCUAAUAUCUUAAAA